ACGUAUCUCCACCCAUCGCUCCCAUGUCAUCAUUAACUUGCGCAAUAUGAUUAGACUUGGGAGGAAAAAGGAGGAUCUGCAGUUUGAAAUGCCGUUUCGUUGCGUGUGGGUGCGAGACGUUGCGUUUCUUCGGCAGUAACAUGACCUGAGCACCGCGGGAGGAAGUCAAAGGCAUCUUCCUGCUAAAGAUCACCACAGAAUCUGAAAGAUGGAACGUACACAACCGGAGUGAUCAAACUUUACGGCUGGGAGGUGCAGGCGAGGAGGUCCAACGUCUCAAGGUGUCCAUGUUGGUGCCACGCAGGGGGGGGCGAUGAGCCGCUGGAGGCGCCUGAGCCCCACCGCCGCCCGCCUCUUCCUGCGCUGCCUGCGCCCGUGUUCUGCGUGGGGGGGCAGCGGGGGGCGCCUCACCGGCCGCCUGAAGGAGUUCUGGAGUUACGGCCGGCUCCUCCUCAAGUCGCUCUGCUUCAACGCCCUCUGCAACUUCGACGUGUUCCUGGACUCCGUCUUCGAGCCUGUCUACUGGCUGGUGGACCACCUGACCCGCUGGUUUGGGGUGGUGUUUGUCUGCCUGGUCAUCCUGCUCACCAGCUCGGUCCUGGUCAUUGUUUACUACUUUGUCCUGCCACUGAUCAUCAGCACCUAUCCGGCGCACUGGGUCACGUGGCACCUAUGCUACGGCCACUGGAACCUGCUGAUGGUCGUCUUCCACUACUAUAAGGCCAUCAGGACGUCCCCGGGACACCCUCCGCAGAUGAAGACUGACAUACCAUCAGUGUCCAUCUGUAAGAAGUGUAUAUUCCCCAAACCGGCCAGAACUCACCACUGUAGCAUCUGCAACCGGUGUGUGCUGAAGAUGGAUCACCAUUGCCCCUGGCUAAAUAACUGUGUGGGACACCUCAACCACCGCUACUUCUUCUCCUUUUGCCUCUUCAUGACCAUGGGGUGCGUCUACUGCAGCGUGACCUGUUGGGACAUGUUCGUCGGGGCCUACAACGCCGUGGAGAGUUACUAUCAGACCCCUGAGCCUUUGUUCACCUUUACGGAGAAGCUGUUUCACAAGUGCAUGAUCUACUUGUGGGUGCUUACCAGCUCGGUGGCGGUAGCCCUGACAGGGCUGACGCUGUGGCAUGCGGCCCUCAUUACCCGGGGAGAGACGAGCGUGGAGAGGCACAUCAACCGCAAGGAGGCUCGACGGCUACGGGACAGCGGCAAGGUUUUCCGGAACCCGUACAACCACGGAAAGGUGGAGAACUGGAGAAUAUUCUUUGGUGUGAAGAAAAGAAGCCAUUGGCUGACUCGUGUCCUCCUGCCCUCUGACCACACCCCUUUUGGGGAGGGGCUAAUAUGGGACUGCUCUGUAUACAGAAGAGAUCCAACUGCUAUAUAACCACACGUCUUCUGGUGCUGGCCUGGAGACGGACAUUUGGCCUAUGAAGGUUACCGAUUCCCUGGGACUGCGGAUGGAGGACCUGAAAGAGGACAGUCCACCCCGCCUAAGCAGCUCAUCCCAGCAGGCUGCCCUGUUGCCCCUUCUGUACCCGACGGACCCGUUUGUGUGUGUGUGUUUGAAUGUGAAAUGUCCAGCUGUUGUCGUGCCAUAAACUAAAAGGGCUGAUGGGCUUUUCCCAGAAAGACUUCAGCGAAUGCGAUUGGUGAGUCAGGCAGGAAGUGGAGGUGGGAUGAGGAUUACUGUGUCACCACGGCAACCUGAGGAUGACAUGGAAGCAAUACAAAGGGCCCAAACUGAACUGCAUGCAGCGGUAACCAAAAGGAGCAGAGCUCCACUGCAGACUCUGCAAAUUUGUACCUGUGAAAUGGAUCUUUUUUCUUUUUUUGCUUAAAUGUUUUUAAUAAAUGUUUGUCAUAGUA